AUGUCUCUUCGACACAACAUCCUGCCUGUCCUUUGUAUUUUACCCUUUGCUAAUGCGCUCUACAAGCAAUGGAUUCCAGACACCAAUUUUGAAAAUGCAACCACCUAUAAAGGCUCCAUACCAUGUGGCAGUGACCAAGUGGUGUUUUUAGCUCAAAGGAAAGUUUCAGUGUAUGUAGAAAGAGCUCACACUAUCAAUGGAAUUAGCUUGCCAGUGGACGGAGAACUGAUUCUGGUGUCCGGAGCUGGAUUUUCUGUUUGAGAGGGUGGAGAACCUGGUUGUGGAUCUGGUGUUACAGCAGAGUUUAAAGACUGUGAAACUCUCAAAUGGUUUGACCCAUCGAUAUGGGUGGCUGCCUCCACUUUAGAUGACCUGCACCGAGGUACAUAUCAGUUUUCGGUCCAUGAGGAGAUUGUCCCGUGCCAGUUUGACGACGUUGUAUUUCGGGAGGCCACCUCAUGUGUGGAUGUCUCUUUGAUUGAUGUUUGCUCUGUGAAGAGUGUGUCUGUACUCGGAAAUAAGUUCAUCAGCAAUUCUGAGUUCUCUCAGUACUUGUCAUCCCCCUCCAGCAAGCUGCAGUUCCAUGGUUCCUCAUCGCUUAGCAUUGUCGGACAAGGUUGCGUUGAUGUCACUGGAUGCAUCUGCAAUAACUCCAGAAAUCUGGACAAGAUCUUUGCAAAUGUCAAAUGUGAGUCAUUGGAUUGCAAGAAACUGCUUCACCCAGUGGUACAAUGGCUUCAGCACCUCUUUCUCAGCCUGCAUAAGUAGGAAUCUGUACAGCUGUAUCUGGCCAUGUCAAAAGUGUCCAAAGAGCAGAGACUAUAGGGAUUGAUUCCUGUUGGGGCCACUCAAGAGAUUCAGGUCUUGCUCCUAUACCAGAAAAGGGGUCAGGAAGCUGGGAAACUGGCAGAAGCUCUUGCUCGAGACAUAGCGAAGGAUGUGCACAACCAUGGCUCGAACCUCGGUAUCAACAGCGCAGAGCACCAGUCAUCUUCAGGAGCAAGUAGUAGUGAGGUAGCCGGGAACAGUGCAGGGGUAGUGGCCAGUGCAGUUUUGGGCAUGCUACUUGUGGUGGCUUUACUGGCAAUCGUUUUUGUCCUCUACCGCUGUGGCAUUAUAAAGAUACCUUGAUUGCCCAGUAUCCCCUCACUCAGCAAGUGGAAGAACAAUAUUGAUAUUGGGGAACUGGGUGGCCCCAUGGACCACAGCUUUGACAACCCCAUGUUUGACAAGCUGACUAUGAUGCCGGAAGAACCAGGGCUUUACGGGAAAGAGACUAUGAACUCGAUCACCUUGACCCAGUCAGGAGUGCAUUUUGUCAAUCCUGUUUAUGAUGAAAGUGACUUUAAUGCAUGAUAGGUGUAAUAUCUCCUCAUCUGAUGGUGGAUGUGAUUACAAAAUAACCAGUGUAAAAGUCCAUUAGAUUUAAAUGUGUCAUGACUUUUUGAUGACAGGGAAAUAAACCCUUUAGCACAGCAUGAUAAUCACUGAUGUGUUUAAAUCUGCACAUUUGAAUUCAAAGAUCACUCACAAAAUGACCAAAUAAAGGCUGUGCACUUCACUGCAUCUUCCGGUUGAUUCUGAUUAAUAUGAUCUUUGUCUGCUGAUUUCAGAUUUGAUAUUUAGCGUAAUAUUAUCCUGUCGUAUAGGACACUGCAGGUGUCCUUCAUAACAUCUUGAUUUACUUCUAUUGCUCUGAUGUUUAACCCCACCACCCCAGGUGACCUCGUAGAACAGCCCUGUAAAUGAGCACACCUAUAAUAAAAGUUAA